AUGGAGGUGCAGGCAGAGCGACCGCCGCCCUACACCCACAACGACCCUGAGACGCUGCACCUGCCCUCAGUCCCCACUCAGGACCCGCCGCGCAUUGUGGCGCCUGCCGCCCCAUCCGCUCCAAAUGGCGUGCACCUCCCGGACCUCGCGUCGCUCGGUCUCCCCAUAGCAACACCCUCGCGCAACGGCCCCAGCCAGCUCGACCGCAACGGGCUUGCCAGAUAUGCUACCGACAUUCAACAAUGGCAGAGUUCAGGAACGCUCCAGGCCGCUUCCUUGCCACGCGCGCCUGUCACCGCGCCGCGCACCGCCGCUGAAAUGGACGUGGGCAGCCCCAUGGACACUGAGAGUAUUGUGAGCAUGGAUGAGCAAGUCAACGGCAAUCCUCAGAAGGCGACUAGGAACCAGAAGGAGCUCCUCGCUGCAGAGGCUAUCGUUGGCCUGGGUAAUCCAGGUAGGGACACCUCCACUCUUACGGAUGGUCCUCAGUUGACACUUUUAGAUUAUGUCAUGUCGCCUCCCGGUCGUAGCGCAAGUCUUCCAUCGCCGUCGGAUCAGUCCUCUUCUGAAGAGAGGGAACCACUUCUCUCGCUUGUGACGUCACGCCACCCCUGGAUAGGCAGUACCAUCAACGGAUCGCUCUCGGCAUAUUCGACCACCAAAACAUACUCGCCCCGUUUUGUCCAGUCCAGCGCGGAUUUCUUCGAGCGCAACUUUGCUAACACUGUGGGCACUGUUGGUCGACGGACUGGUGUGGAGAAUAGCUUGCGCCGUUACCUUGGCGAAAGGGCAAAUGAGGUCGAAACUGGGAGUCACAAGAGGAGAAGGACCGACAAUGACAUGGGGGACAUUGAGGACGGCCUCCAGACCCCUCCUGUGCGCGCAGCUCGAACCAGAGGAGACUCUGAUAUUUCGAGUGUUCGGGAAGAGACUUUACCCCCAUACGACACAGAACGUUCUCCGGAAUAUGAGGAAAGAACCACGAAUGCGCACCGUCAGCUCGCCUUCCGGAACGGAAAUCAGAAUUGGUCUACUCGUGUGAUGAUCGGAACAUCCGGUCUUGGUGCCGCUUUUUCGGAGCGAUCGUUGCGCAGCCUUAAAUUUUGCCUGAACCUUCUGCGCGAUGCAACCGCUCACAUUGGCACUGCCAUGCGUGCGCUCAGAAUGGUGCUCGAAGAUUUCGAGAAGGCUACCAGCGCCAAUGGUUCAAACCAACACAAUGACGAGAAGGGUGUGGGCUCUAGACAGCUCAUGCGCGACAUGGAGGAGCAGCAACGGGAAAAGGAAAGCCGGCGGCUUGCCGAUCGGAUCAAUGCAAUCAGCAAAGAAAUCUGGGAGACUAUCGGGAAGGUCUGCUCGUCUGUCUCGCAGUACACUGGAGGUGCCCUUCCGCGUGAAGCGGGCAACAUGGUGCGCAGGCAACUGCUUUCUGUGCCCCAGCGAUGGCAGGUUGCCAUUGCCACCACGGGCAAUGGCCAGGAGGGCCAGAACGGUGAGCCAGCCGAAGCUAGUAACGCCAAUCGCAUGCUUGCUUUCGGCAAGGAGGGCUUGGACAUGAUUGAGCAGGUCAGCCUGAUUGUUGAAAGAACAAUCAAGAGCGCUGAGCAGUGGCUGGAUAGCCUGGGACGCAAGCGCAAUGAUAGCGGAAUGUCUCAGGAUGAGAAAUCAGCCGAUUUGCUACUGCCCAUCGCGGAGCAGCCACCCAAGAGGUAA